AUGGGCACACUGGCGUCUACUCCUGCAUCAACAACCUCUGCUGCAGUGCCCGAUGGCACCGCCUCGUCCUGCAGCAGCCGCGUCAAUUCUGCAGGCAAGCGGAUUUGUUGUGUGUGCCAAGAAACCAAAUCAGCCCGCGACGAGUGCAUUCUGCUCAAUGGAGAGGAGAGGUGUAGAAAUUUUAUUGAAGCUCAUAACCAGUGCCUCCGUAGCGAGGGGUUCGAUGUCCAGUGA